CAGCAGCAGCCGUCACAUACACACUCACCGAAGGCGACUGCGCCUUUAAGACCCGCAAAACUAACAUCCAAACCAGCCUUGCUGUCAAUGUGCAAGCGAUGAAAUUACUCGAUAUGGUUUUGUUAAAACUCUUGAUGCUGGUAUACUGCUUAAGCGAAACCAAAGGUCAGUAUGGAAAAUCCCUGAGCAAGUAUAUUCGACAUUACGAAGGCCUGUCCUACGACACAGAUGUCUUACACAGCAAGCACCAGAGGGCUAAAAGAGCUCUGUCUCACCAGGACCAGUUCCUGCACCUGGACUUCCACGCUCACGGCAGGCAUUUUAACCUUCGGAUGAAGAGGGACACCUCUCUCUUCGCUCCCGAUCUGAAGGUGGAGGUUUCUGGAGAAGAGAUUCCCUAUGACACCUCUCACAUUUACACUGGAGAAAUUUAUGGUGAGAAGGGCACUCUGACACAUGGCUCUAUCGUGGAUGGGAAAUUUGAGGGUUUCAUUAAGAGCCAUAUGGGCACAUACUACGUAGAACCCUCCGAGAGAUACCUCAAAGACCAGAAUGUGCCCUACCACUCAGUCAUCUACCAUGAGGAUGAUAUCGAUUAUCCUCAUAAAUAUGGAGCAGAAGGUGGCUGUGCAGAUCACUCUGUUUUUGAGAGGAUGAAGAAAUACCAGAUAUCUGCAGUGAAGAAGCCCACCCAGCAGCCGAACCACGCGAUUGACGAAGAGAUGGCUGAUGGACCGGUGAUUCUGAGGAAACGUCGUGCAGCACAGGCAGAGAAAAAUACCUGUCAGCUCUUCAUCCAGACAGAUCAUCUCUUUUACAAAUACUAUGGCAGCAGGGAUGCUGUGAUCGCACAGAUUUCCAGUCAUGUGAAGGCCAUUGACUCCAUCUAUCAAAACACAGAUUUUAAGGGCAUCCGCAAUAUUGGCUUCAUGGUGAAGAGAAUCAAGAUCAACACUACCGAUGAUGCGAAGCUUGAUUCUAACCCUUUUCGAUUACCCAACAUUGGUGUGGAGAAAUUUCUUGAACUCAACUCUGAGCAGAAUCACAAUGACUUCUGCCUAGCCUAUGUCUUCACAGAUAGAGACUUUGAUGAUGGUGUCCUGGGUCUGGCCUGGGUCGGGAGUCCUACAGAUGAAAACUCUGAUGAUGGAGUCCUGGGUCGGACUCGAGUCGGGGCUCCUACAGGCAGCUCUGGUGGAAUCUGUGAAAAGUAUAGACAGUACACCGAUAAGAAGAUGAAGUCUCUGAACACUGGCAUCAUCACAGUGCAAAACUAUGCUUCACACGUUCCCCCUAAAGUCUCCCACAUCACCUUCGCUCAUGAGGUCGGACAUAACUUCGGCUCUCCGCAUGAUUCAGGAAGUGAAUGCACUCCGGGAGAGUCUAAGACUCAGGACCAGAAAGAAAAAGGCAACUACAUCAUGUAUGCCAGAGCCACAUCAGGAGACAAGUUCAACAACAACAAGUUCUCCAUAUGCAGCAUUCGCAACAUCAGCCAAGUGCUGGAAAAUAAAAGAUCCCUCUGCUUUGUUGAAUCUGGACAGCCCAUUUGUGGUAAUGGUUUGGUUGAGGCUAAUGAACAGUGUGACUGUGGCUAUAGCGAUCAGUGCAAGGACAAAUGCUGCCAUAAUGCCGAUGAGCCAGGUGAACUGAAGUGUAAACUGAAGAAAGGCUCUGUAUGCAGUCCUAGUCAGGGUCCAUGCUGCUCGUCAGAAUGCGUAUUUGAGAACAGCGGUGUGAUGUGCAGGAAUGAUUCUGAGUGUGCUUAUCAAGGCAAGUGCAGUGGAAACUCUGCCCAGUGCCCCACCUCAGCGCCUAAAGCAAACCUUACAUUGUGCAACGGAAAAAGACAAGUCUGCCUUAAUGGGGUUUGCUCUGGCUCUAUCUGUCAGAUGUAUGAGGAUCUAGAGGCUUGCACCUGUGUCACUGAGGAGGGGAAAAAUGAGACAGAGCUGUGUCAUGUGUGCUGUAUGUCAAAGGGUCAGCCUGACACUUGCAGCAGCACUAGCUCAAAGAGAUGGGCUCAUCGCUUUAACGAUACUGUCAUCACCUUACCGCCUGGCUCUCCUUGUAAUGAUUUCAGAGGUUACUGCGAUGUCUUCAUGAGGUGUAGGCUGGUGGAUGCUGAUGGCCCUCUGGCAAGGCUUAAGAAGGCCAUUUUCAACCCUGAGCUUUACACAAGCAUUGGACAGUGGAUAGUGGGGCAUUGGUGGGUGGUUCUUCUACUGGGCAUUGCUCUCAUCAUGCUAAUGGCUGGGUUUAUCAAGAUCUGCAGUGUGCACACACCUAGCAGCAACCCUAAAUUACCCCCACCCAGACCUCUGCCAGGCACACUGAAGAGAAGAAAUGCCGCUGAACAGUCCCAGCCACAGCGCCAUCGCCAGCAGAGAGAGGACUAUCAGAUGGGCCAGAUGCGACCCUGAGAAGCCCUGCUCAUUGCCUUUUUUUUUUUCUAGUGCCUACAGUGGGAAACACUUCACUCCAAAGAGUUCGCUGAAUCAAUCAAUGAAGCCCCAUCUACAAACAAAAAAACUGGCAAAUAAAAGGACUUCAAAGGACUCUACUUAAGAAAAUAAGCAUUUUAAAGAGUAAGAAACCACUGCUCUGGGCGCCAGCAAAGCUUUCGUUACAUAGCUCAGAGAAAAAAUCAGAAGCUAAUCUUGAGGAAGAGGACAGAAUUGUACUUUUUUUUUUUGCUUUUCUAAUUCUUUCACAAGUUAUUAAACCAUUGUUCUCUCCACAAGGUUUUUUUCUUCUUCUUUUGCCUUUAUAUACAGUGGGGAUCAAAAGUUUGGGCACCCCUUGCAGAAUCUGUGAAAAUAUGAGUAAUUUUCAAAAAAUAAGAGAGAUCAUACUAAAUGCAUGUUAUAUUUUAUUUAGUACUGUCCUGAGUAAGAUAUUGUACAUAAAAUAUUUUAACAUUUAUUCCACAAGACAAAAAAAAUGCUGAAAUUAUUAAAAUAACCCCACUCAAAUGUUUGGGAACCCUUGGUUCUUAGUACUGUGUGUGGUCACCUGAUAAUCCACGACUGUCUUUCUGUUUUGUGAUGGUUGUGCAUGAGUCCCUUGUUUGUUCUGAACAGUUAAACUGAGCAGCGUUCUUCAGAAAAAUCUUUAAGGUCCUGCAGAUUCUUCAGUUUUCCAGCAUCUUUGCAUAUUUGAACCCUUUCCAGCAGUGACUUCAUGAUUUUGAGAUACACCCUAUCACACUGAGGACAUUUGAGGGACUCAAACUAUUUAAACACAACUAUUUAAAAAGAUUCAAACAUUCACUGAUGCUCCAGAAGGAAACAAGAUGCAUUAAGAGCUGGGGGGUGAAAACUUUUGGAAUUUGAAGAUCAAGGUAAAUUGUACUUAAUUUGUGUACCGGGAAACAUACAAGUAUCUUCUGUUGCUUACGAAGGGCAGAACUAAAUGAAAAAAAAAUUAUAUUUCAACAAAAUAAGAAAAAUUUGUCCAUCUUCAUCAUGUUCAAAAGUUUUCACCCCCCAGCUCUUAAUGCAUCUUGUUUCCUUCUGGAGCAUCAGUGAAUGUUUGAAUCUUUUUAAAUAGUUGUGUUUAAAUAGUUUGAGUCCCUCAAAUGUCCUCAGUGUGAUAGGGUGUAUCUCAAAAUCAUGAAGUCACUGCUGGAAAGGGUUCAAAUAUGCAAAGAUGCUGGAAAACUGAAGAAUCUGCAGGACUUUAAAGAUUUUUCUGAAGAACGCUGCUCAGUUUAACUGUUCAGAACAAGCAAGGGACUCAUGCUCAACCAUCACAAAACAGAAAGACAGUCAUGGAUUAUCAGGUGACCACAUACAGUACUAAGAACCAAGGGUUCCCAAACUUUUGAGUAGGGUUAUUUUAAUAAUUUCAAAAUUUUUUUGACUUGUGGAAUGAAUGUUAAUAUCUUUUAUGCACAAUAUCUUACUCAGGACAGUACUAAAUAAAAAAAUAGCAUGCAUUUAGUAUGAUCUCUCUUAUUUUUUACUAUAUUUUUAAAUAAAUUACUCAUAUUUUCACAGAUUCUGCAAGGGGUGCCCAAACUUGGUGCCCCACUGUAUAUAUAUAUAUAUAUAAUUUUUUUUUUUUUUUUUUUGGAUUGCCACCCUCCUGUGGAGAUGAGCAUGAUAGGAUGUCACAGAUAUUUUACCAAUCAAAAAUGCCUGAGAGAACUCCUUAAAGAGACUCAUUUUCCAAUAUGUAAUUAAGAUGCAAUCAAAAGGAUUAAAAAAAGCUUUUAUUUCUGAAGCUUUCUCAUUGUCUUCUGCGUGCAAUUGUACAGAGAUCACAAAAUACGUCGGAUCUUUUUCAGUCAUACCAUUUUUUUUAUUCUGUUUGAUAAUGAUAAUUAAGGAUGUUUAAGUGACACUCAGGAUAUAAUAGUUAAUAACAGCACAGAGAGCUUCUAUUUGUGAAAGGCGUUUGCUGAAAGCCACACCGCCAUUGAUAACCACUAAAUAGCUUCAGUUCUUCAUUCCAUGUUAGCAAGGGAGUUAAUGAGAGAGAUGAUGGUUAAAAAAACAUCACUCUUAUAAGAAUCCUGAUCUGCUGAGAGUCACUGUGACUUUAUUCAGUAAAUCUGGUCCCACAGGAGACAGACUUGAGAAAAUAAGCACAUCAGAAAAGAUAGAAGCAAUCUUUAGAUCCUUUAGUGAUUUUUAAACACCAAUCAAUGUUUACACAAAGACAUUUUUCUUAGCAGUUUUCGGUCAUUACAUCUUUCAAUAGAUAAAAAAGAAAAUAUCCAGACUAGCAGCCUAUUUAAUCAAAACAUAUGCCUUGUGUUGCUUUUUAGUGUAUCUGUAACAUCUUUUUUUAAAUAAAUCCUUCCAUUUUUUUUCUAUAAAUGUGCUUUUGAUUAUCUUAUGUGUGUUUCUCAACAAAGGCAGAGGGUUAUUCAUGCAUUAAAAUGCAUUGCUUGUUCAUGCAUUGUUCUUUUGUGUAUUUUACCAGACCAGGAAUAUUUUGUCAUCUUUCUACAUUUGUUGAACGGGAUCCUGGUAGUGUGACUGAGAGUCCAAUGUUUCUAAAGUCUGUCUUCUCAAGCAACCUUGCAUCUUUUAAGGAUGUGCAUUUAAAACAUGGAUGAUUUGCUUAUUCCUAGAAGAUGAGUAUUCCCGACUAUAAGUCCUCCUUUUGAUCUAAAUCAUCACCUCAUUUGUGUGUCUCUGUAAAUCUUAAUAGGAAAGAGGUUUUUAGAGAGCUUGACUUAACUGCCCUGACUGCAAUUGGCUUCAAAUAAUAAAUAUUUUCUGUGUUAUUUUGAGGUAAAUGGGUUGGUUGAAUUUGUACGGGGAUUUGGCGUAGGUUUUAAAAAAAAAUAAAAAAAAUUUUUUGCUCGUCUUGCUUUAAGUGUAUAAAUAAUGUGCACUGAUAUGUAAGCAUGGUGCGUGGAUAAAAUAUGAAAAAUAAGAUGGAGAAAAUGUCCAGUACUACUGUUUGAAUGUAAUGUCUGCUGUUUUGCUUUAUUUGUGCUUUUUUUUCUCUCUUUGCGCUCAAUUUUGAAAAUUUUUACUAAAUACUUUGUAAAAGUAUUGUGCGAUAACUUGUAAUUUUUUUAAAUACUUAAAAUGCAUUAAUAAAAUAGCCUUGAUUAAAA